GUCAUUCGACCAAUUGACUUGAAAACAAUAACAAGGCAUUAGAAAUUUUGUUGAAGAAAAAUGGCAUCGCCUCGCCCAAAAUCACCUAAAACUCCCGUUUCGAAGAACGAGGGAGAAAGUUUCUGGGAUAAAAUCGGUACAAUUGGUAGAAAGAAGCGAAUCAAGGAAGUACAAGAAGUGCAAGAAGAAGGUCGACAUGCCAUCGAUGAUCCAGGUGCGCCAAAUGCCCCAGAAAUUCCACCGGAAGAUUAUAUUUUGCGUGACAACGAAUCUCGUGCCAUUAUUCAACCACAAUCAUUGACCGAUCCAGCAGUUAAGGAGCUCAUAAGCACUCUGAUCGAUUGGGUAAACGAUGAGCUGGCCGAUGAACGUAUUAUCGUGAAAAAUAUCGAAGAAGAUUUGUACGAUGGCCAAGUUUUGCACAAAUUACUCGAAAAACUCACUGGCCGCAAACUGGAUGUACCCGAAGUGACACAAUCGGAAGAGGGUCAACGCCAGAAAUUGCAAAUCGUUUUGAAUGCCGUUAAUCAUACUCUGGGCUUCCAUCAAAAAUUGCCAAAAUGGAAUGUCGAAAGUGUUCACUCAAAGAAUAUGGUAGCAAUUUUACAUUUGCUCGUCUCGUUGGUACGCCAUUUCCGUGCUCCGGUUCGUUUGCCCGAGAAUGUUUACGUGACCGUUGUCAUUGCACAGAAAAACGGAACAUUGCUAAGUGCACAGAAGUAUCAGGAACAAUUGACAUCGCAGUACGAUGACGUUGGCAUGAGAUGCGAACGUGAUGCUUUCGAUACAUUGUUCGAUUGUGCUCCAGACAAAUUGGCCGUUGUAAAGAAAUCUUUGAUCACGUUCGUCAAUAAGCAUUUGAAUAAAUUGAACUUCGAAGUGAACAAUUUGAACUCUGACUUCAAGGAUGGCGUUUACUUGUGCCUUUUGAUGGGUUUGUUGGGUGGAUUCUUUGUGCCAUUGCAUGAAUUUCAUUUGACACCAAAAACUGUUGAACACAUGGUGGACAACGUGUCAUUUUCAUUUGAAUUAAUGCAAGAUGUCGGUCUUCCAAAGCCAAAAGCCAGAGCAGAAGACAUCGUCAACAUGGAUCUGAAAUCUACCCUUCGUGUUCUCUACAGUCUCUUCACCAAAUACCGAAAUGUUGCUUAAGCUCAUUUGACACAACUGCCAUUGAUGAACUAACAGUCGAAUGCAGCAAACUUUGACUGAUUUUCAAUCGAUGGCAAAGUGGAUUUUAAUUUUAAUUAACUAGAUGUUUUGUGUACUUAUAACAAUUACUAACGACGUUGAAAUCGUAUUUUCGUACAAAUAAAAGAAUUUAUAGUGACAGUGCAAAUGUAGUAACAGCAGCAGGCCAAAUUAAUGAUAGUGUUUAACAAAGUACUUUUGCCUUAUAUUUUAUUAAACAUUUUCAUAAAUAAUAACAUUCGAUUUUUUUUCUAGUUGAAUCCAUUUCAAUCAAUAACUUUGUAUUAUAAAUUCUACAAAAUAAAUAUAUUUUUAUUUACAAUAACAAA